CGCAGGCAUUUAGACGCCACCGAUCGUCUCGCAGUUUUUCUUCCGCUUCCGUUUGCACGUUCAGCCGACUUGGAGAAGAGUAAUUCGGUGGUCGAUCAGUUCCGUUCCUGUUUCGGCAGAGGAUGCAUUGGUAGUGAACGUGAGGGGGGGUUGAUGUGAUCGAUUAUUGUUAAGUCUGUCGAGUAUUCGAGGUGCGGGGCAAGGGAAAGACACGGAUUGGACAGGUGCAGAGAGCGAGCGUCUCGGGAGGUCGAUCAUGGUGUCAAUGCACCUUGUGCGUGGACGCUGAGAGGUGGUUCAAUUCGCGGUGGAGUUUAGAAGCAGAUGCCGCCGUCUGAGCGGGAAGUGGCGAUGGGUAUAAGCACUGGUGAUAUAGUAUCCAAGUUCGUUGUGGAUGAUGGCUUGUUGUCAGAUUUUAUGGACUUGGAUUCAUUGAGUGACCAAUUAGAUGAGGAGGAGUCAUGGAUGGAUGGGGCCAGCGGAAGCAGCAGUUGCGAUUUCACUUUAACGCCAUACUCAAUGGCCAGUAGCGAUAAUUGCUAUGCUUCCUUCUCACCCCCCUCACCCGUAACCUCGCACUCAUCAUCACUGUACUCCUCGCAGACCCCCAGUGCAGCUGGUUUAGACGGCUUGCAACUCCUGCAACAAGUCCUCGAUGGCGCUCCAUCUGCUUUCCCGCCUCCGUUGAGCCCAAGCCCUGUUGGAAGUGGCAACAUCGACAUGCUGUUGUCGGAUCAAAAUUUAAGCUCGAUGGAAAACGUGGUGGAUUACAAUGAUCUAUUCGAAAAAAGUCGUGUGAACUCGUCCUUUCUGGCAAUGCCAAGUGAGGAUGACGAGGACGAAGCCGAGGAAAAAUCUGGACUUUCAGAGGAAGAAAAGGUAGUGGGCGAAGGGGAGACAAGGAAGAGGACGCUAACACGUGCACUGUCAAGUCCGCCAAUGUCUUUCCGCGACCGACUGCUGCAGGCUGUGCGCUACAUCGGCCGCCUUCGGAUGGACGUGCUGGUACAAGUUUGGAUGCCUGUGGUGCAGCAAACGAGCAGCAGUUCUUCCAAGCGAGUUCUUAUCACGCGUGAUCAGCCAUUCGUUCUGGAGCAGAAGAAUGAUAAGCUGUCGAAUUUUAGGAGCGCUUCAGAGGAUUAUGAAUUUGCAGCCGAUGCUGGGAUUACCGGCAUGGGCCUCCCCGGUCGUGUAUUUGUGCACCAGAUGCCGGAGUGGAGUCCCAAUGUUCAGAUGUAUAAUUGUCAGGAGUACCUGCGACAUGUAGAAGCUCAGCGCUGUGACGUUCGUGGAUCACUUGCACUCCCUAUCAUGGAUCCUGUCUCUAGUCAGUGCGUUGCAGUUAUUGAGUUGGUUGGGUGUACCGAGAAGAUUCAAUUUCAUUCCGACGUGGACAUCGUCUCACGAGCUGUGCAGGCUGUGCAUUUAUCAACUGUGAACAGUCUAGAGACGCCAGUACCCGAGAGGCUGUCACAAGGUCGACAAGCGGUCCUGAACGAGAUUGCGGAAGUACUAACAGCCGUAUGCGAGACUCACAAACUCCCACUGGCGCAGACUUGGGUGCCUACUUAUCGCUAUGGCAGCAUGGACAUCAAAGUUCAUCAGAGUGGCAGCAAACGCAUGCGGUCCGAGAAUGGAAGCGGUUUGAGUCGGAAUACAUCCUCAUCCCCUUGUAGUGGCGAGAUUCUCCGGACCGGUGAUGGUCCUUGCUAUGUGAGCGAUGGUCGGAUUUGGGGAUUUCGCCGAGCCUGCCUGGAGCAUAGUCUUGAGAAGGGCCAGGGGGUGGCUGGCAAGGCUUUCGAAACAAACCAACCGAACUUCGAUUCCGAUGUGAAAAUCCAUUGUAAGACUGAAUAUCCUCUCGCACACCAUGCUAAAUGUUUUGGCCUUGGGGCAGCUGUAGCCAUUCGACUGCGGAGCAUUCGCACUGGCAACGAUGACUUUAUUUUGGAGUUUUUUCUUCCCUCAACGUGCGUAGAAAGCAAGGAGCAGCAAUUGUUGCUUAAUUCAUUGUCUAUCACAAUGCAACGAACUUGUCGGAGCUUGAGAACCAUCACCGAUGAGGAGGAGAAGGAGGAACUUCACAUAGCUGGAAAUGGGAACGUGCUUGUAAAGGCUGAAGCUAAAGAAGAACCGAUUGAUGGAGAUUGUGUCUUCCAUCCACGUACCCCAUACGGAAGCCAAGAAGGGAUAUCUUUAAUUUCAUCAGGUGCUAAAGGCGAAGAACAAGCAACUCAUUGUCAGCUUCCACAUCCUUCUCUAAUUAGCCAGCUCUCACUCCAGCGAAAUUCAAAUUGGCAAUCAUCUUAUCUAUUGAACCCCAGUGAAUCGCAACAACACGCAUCUAAAAGUGAGGACAGCGACCCUUUGGUGAAUCAUGUCCUCGGUUUGGACAGGCUUGGUUGCUCAAAUGCAGCUCAAGUUGCUGCAUCUCAAAGGCGUAAGCUUGAUAGAAGACGAGGAACAACGGAAAAGACUAUCGGCCUUAGUGUCCUUCAACAAUACUUCGCGGGUAGCCUGAAAGAUGCUGCCAAGAGCAUUGGUGUAUGUCCCACAACUCUUAAGAGGAUCUGUCGGCAACACGGAAUCUCUAGAUGGCCAUCUCGCAAAAUCAAUAAAGUUAGCCGGUCGUUAAAGAAAUUGCAGGGAGUUAUUGAUUCAGUUCAAGGAGCAGAUGGUGCCCUGCGAAUAAAUGCAUUAACAGGAGAUAUCACCACCGCAUCUAUGGCAGCUGAUAAUGGUUCUGGCCACGCUGGUAGUGAUGGAUCAUGCGCUAAAAGCAAGUGGUCUGUCUCGUGGUCUACGCCAGCCCCCCGCAAUCGUGAUUUGGAGGACCAUAAGGUGCGUGGUGGGACUUUAUUGUUGCCAAAAGAGGAAGAUCGCAAAAAGCAUGAUUCAUGUUCGCCCCAGUCGGUGCUCAUGUCCAUUCUUUCGUCUCCAGAAACUAAACCGAGUCGACAUUGGCACACAAACGAGAAAAGUGCUGGUGUAUCUGCGGAGGGCAAUGAUCUCGCAGUUGGACAUGAUUCUGGGUUUAGAGGAGCAAGCACCUUGUCUCCUGGAAGCAAUUUGACAAUUGACACUGGACUUGCAGUCGUCUGUGAUGCAGUUACAGCUCAUCACGAUCUCUUGGGGGCAAGGAGCCAACAAAGUUCUCCAAGUUCAGGAUCCUAUGAUGAUAUUGCGCCCCCAACUUCCAAGGUUGAUUCUAGAGGAAGCGGGCUGCCGGAAAGUAAGACAGGAUCUGGAUGUCAAAACCAAGUUCAUGAUAGUGCCAGUGCUGAGGUUGCAAUUAAAGAUGUUUGCAAAAAAAAUAAAAGUCCUGAGGUCGGUGUUUCAUCAAGUUCUCUCAACGAAGACCAGGAACAAGAGCGGGAGGUAAUGGGUGGUUCGGGUACGUCCAACUCCCCACGUUUUGGCUCUUCCACCGCUCAAGGGACUAGUGAUUGCAGCUCCCCAUCGUCUGCAGGCAAUCCAUCUUCACAUAUGAAGACAUGGCCAGCUCAUAGUGACGUCAUCACUAUGAAGGUCACAUACAAUGAAGACACGGUGCGGUUUAAGCUCUCUAGCGACAAAUCUUACCUUGACUUGAGAGAUCAGGUGAACAGGAGGCUGAAGUUGGCAGGGCUAAAGUUUGACUUGAAAUAUCUCGACGACGACGAAGAGUGGAUGCUUCUUGCUUGUGACGCCGAUCUUCAGGAAUGCCUGGAGGUCAUGCGUGUUUCUAGGCGGAAUGCCGUCAAACUCAUGGUUCGUUGUAACGUCUCCUCCAGCGUCGAGACAAGCUGUGCGGACGAUAAAACCCUUAGUUGAUUUUAUAACAGUUCCUUAAAACAAGUAGGUUAGCCUCGGCCAUUGCAUCUUCUUAUUCUACUAUGGAGCAUCUUACUUUUUCCAAGAUACGGGAACACUUGGAGUAGGUCUCUGGUGAGAAUGAUGCUGAAUCCUUCAUUGGCCUGAGUUCAAAUUUUGCACAUACCAUAAGCCGCAAUCAGAUGAUGAACAUCUUCUAGUUGGGGUAAUUGGUUACUGGGUUUGCCACGCUCGGUGCUCAAGAGUUUGUGAGUAACUCUUUGUAUUUUUGCGAAUCCUUCUCCUUUUUUUUUUUUUUUUUCCCCAGUAAUUGAGGCAUUUUAUGCAAUUUGUACCGUAUUUAUGCUGAGUCUACAAGUAUUGAUGAACUUCAGAACACGGUUACCACACCUAUGUAAUCUUCCAUGGAUGAAUUCCUUUGUAUGAA